GCGCGUCAAGACGGGAGAAGGGUGUUUGGAUGUGUUAACCUUAAAGUGAAGGAUGUGCUCCUGUACACCGAGUUCCCCGUGAAAUGUUUCGCAAAGUUUUCUCCGUUCUGAAGUUGUGGAUAUGUCUCUCUGCGAUUUAUGGCGCCCUGGUCCGCAGUCUCCGCAUCACAGAGCACCCUUCGGACCGAGUGGUCCCCAGGAACGACCCCGUCACUCUGGAAUGUCACGCAGAGGGGGAUCCGCCCCCUUCGAUCACGUGGUACAAGGAUGGUCGUCCCCUGGGGUCGGAGGCUCGCCACCGCACCGUGUUACCCGCUGGAGGUCUACUCUUCUUGAGGGUGCUGCAAGGCAAACGGGAGUCUGACGGCGGAGUGUACUGGUGCGAGGCUAGCAACCCCUCGGGCACAGUGAGGAGCAGAAACGCCACCUUGAGUGUAGCGGUACUGAAGGAUGAGUUCCGACAAGAGCCCCAGGACACUAGGGUGGCUGCAGGAGAGACGGCACUGCUAGAGUGUGGUCCACCUAGAGGUCAUCCGGAGCCAUCCCUACACUGGCGCAAAGACGGACAAGUUGUUGACCUGCAAGCUUCUACCAGGUUUCGCAUAGUGGAGGGAGGCAACUUGAUGAUAUCCGAUGUGAGACAGGUGGACGCAGGAGACUAUCAGUGUGUUGUUCAGAACCUCGUGGGGCUGCGGGAAAGCGGACCUGCUUCACUGACAGUUCAUGUCAAACCAUUCAUCACAACCGCUCCAAGAGAUGUAACAGUUUCACCAAACGGAACUGCCAAAUUAACCUGUGAAGCUGGAGGGGAACCUGCUCCAACUAUAAGAUGGCACCGUUCCUUUGGAGCUGUAACUUCUGGAAGGGUUUCUGGAACUGUUACUUUGCCCCCUCGUGCUGUUCUCACAGAAAACUCUCUUACCAUUCAUCCUGUACAUCCAUCCGAUCAAGGACGUUAUAUUUGUGAAGCUUUCAACGUUGCAGGAACUGUUACUACUUCUGCAACUGUUACUGUUCACGCUCCUCCCUACUUCACAGUGCGUCCGUCAGAUGUAUCAAUGAGUUCCGAUGGUCCUAUGUCUCUUCAUUGUCGAGCCGAGGGCUACCCCCCUCCCCUGGUGUUCUGGGCAAUGGAAGGCUCCCAGCAGCUGAUGUUACCCGGGUAUAAGGCUGACAGACUGUCAGUAACAGUUGACAACACACUGACCUUGACAGGGACUGAAGGUCAUUUGAUGUGCUGCGCUGUCAGUGAUGCUGGAUCAAACAUCGCAACGGUGCAAAUCAAGACAGAAACAACAGAAAAGAUUCCUUCUCCACCAGUCAUGAAGGGAACAACCAACUUGAAGCCUCGAGUUGUUAAUGUAACCCAAGACAGUGUGACGUUAACAUGGCCGGCAACAACAUCGCCAUGUAGCUACAAUGUUCUGUACUUUUGUGUACAGUGUAAGGGAGAGUGGAUGACAGCGGCUAGAGAAGUCUCAGCAUCCACUGUGAUGAUAACAGAUUUAAAGCCCUCCACAGACUAUGAGUUUGUGGUCCAAGUGGAAGCUGGUUUAGACAAUGUCCAGACAGGAGUGUCUGAAAUGGUGAGAACAUUGAAUGUCAAUGCUCGUAAAGUGUCUAGACAACAGUUGGACACUGCUCGCAAUAGUUUGACAACAAACGUUCUGCAGCUGAAGCAACUGACAGCAGUGUCUUCGACAGCAGCCAGAGUUACGUGGCAGAUACUGAAUGCAGAGGAGUACGUUGAAGGGAUAUAUCUACGUUUUCAAGCUCUUGAUACAUCCAAUGCAGCCAAUUUUGGAGACUACGAGUUGAUCACGGUCUUAAACGCAGGCGCCACCAGUUACACUGUCACUGGCUUGCGGAAGUUCAUGAAAUACAAUUUCUUCUUGGUGCCUUUCUACAAGACAGUUGAAGGAAGACCUUCCAACUCUAAAGUGGUGCAAACUCUGGAAGAUGUGCCCUCAACACCUCCACACGGACUACAUGUUGGAUGGUUCAAUGAAACAACAGCCUUUGCUCAGUGGCAACCUCCUCUGAGAGGUGAAAUCAAUGGUCAUCUUCUUGGCUACAAGAUACAAGUCAAAACGGGGUUGAAAAUAGCAGCGACAAUCACUGUAAACGCCUCCACCUCACAAGUGACACUACACAACGCCUCGCCUGACGUAGCGGUGCGUGUGUGUGCCGUAUCAGGUGCGGGAGCUGGACCAUACACUGCCCCCAUCACUUUGCGGACCCCACCUAGCCCCCCCGCCACCCAACCCACGACACCUGACUCCACAAAUGCUCUGCUCACUCUCCUAUUGGCCGCCUCGCUUGUCGUGUCUGCUGUCGCUUUCUUCACGACGUUCUACCUCAAGAGACGUCAGGCGUUCACUAAAGAGCUGGGCAAUUGUGUGAACAACAUGGGAGAUCUUUCUCACCUGAGUUUGAUGGGAGCUUGUAAAGACUCUCUGUGGAUAGAGGGUGGCUGGGUCAGUCUGCAGGCAUACCAACCUCAGGAGACAAAUAACUCUACCAGUACAGCCAACCUAACAACAUUUUACUCUGCAAAAAGGGAGGAGCCCACACCGUAUGCAACUACAUCUAUAAUUAACAACAAAGAGUCCAGAGGAGAAAUCGUGCCUGUCAAUACAAGAUCAUCAAUGAUAGAAACAAAAAAUCUCCCAACAAGUGAGUCUUGGUCGAGUCCUCUUCAAAAAUCUACACAUUGCACAACCUUGCCCAACAAUGGGGGAAAACUGAGUCUGUUCACUACCCAAGUUCCCCCCUUGUGUGCCAGAAGUGCUUCACAGAUCAACAGAAGAUCUUCCAGUCCUCCAUCGUUUAGACAGCUUCCCAGUGUUCACUACGAGCCUCUCAGUCACAGUGUUACCAACUGUAUUCCGCUCGCCGCAAGUGUUCAAAACAACGUGUCUGAUGUUCCUAAGGUUGGCAGCCAUGCUGGGUUUUCCAUAAGGGCUGCUCCACCAUACCAGCCACCUCCAAUUCCAGAGCAAUGUCAACACAGAACUCAGUCCAUAUCUGGCCAAUCCAAGUGCUUCUGUAACUGUUCUGAGCAGAGUUGCCAGCCUAGGAUGAGAUCAAUAGAAACUUACGGCAAUGUUCCUGGGACUGAAGCUUCUACUAUGUACUCACAUUUGCCACCAGAAGUCUGCAGUUGUUCCGGCAGCUGGGACGACAGUUGUUCCUGCAGCGGUUCUUCUUGUUCCUACGCUCAAGUCAAGCACAGUCAGCAGAAGUAAACAGUAUUAUGCAUUGUAUUCAAAAUGUUUGUGAUAAAUUUGAUAUUAUAGUUUAAUG